UUUUUGGCGCUCAGUGUACACCCAGACACGCUGAUCGGCGGACCUCCGUAAACACAAAGUCUACGUUAAAUUUUCGAAAAACAACGUUACGUAACAACAAAUACGUACUCUGGAGUUUUCAAUUUUUUUAUUUCACUCGUUGAAGUUUCAACAAAAAAUAACCAUGAAAAUAGAUGUAGCGAAAUUAAUAAAUGAAAUCAGCAAACACCCAGAGAUCUAUAAUCCAGAUCACAAAGAUUUUUCUAAUAAAGAAAUAAGGAACAAAAUUUUUAAUACCGUCAUCAAUAAAGAUAUGAAUGGUAUAAAAGGCGAAAUUCUGCAGCGCAAGUGGGACCAAAUAUUAAACAAGUAUGCUAAUUUUAUUAGAAAACUGAGCAACGACGAUUCGUCUGAAAGGGUUUUGGAACGAUUCAUGAAAUGGCCGUGGACGAAGCCUAUGCGUAUCUUUAAACCAUAUGUUCGCAAACAAUUCCAAAUACCUGAAUUCCAAUCCGCGACACAGCUGAUACCUGACAUGGACAUAGACAUGGACAUGCCGCACAUCCCGAUAUCGGCUCUUCAGCCUUUGCACACGAUACCCAUUAUAAACGGACUGUCUGGUGACGACGCGACGUCUGGCUCCGAAUUUCCGUUCCCGCUACCCACUGGGCAGGGGUUGGUGCGGGGUAACGGUCCCGCCGGACAGGAGAUGGCAGUUCAAUAUGCACAUUCACUGCCGGCACCGACGACCUACGAAGGGUUUUCGAACGUGAUCGAGACACCAGCCACUCCAAGACCCGCAGUCACCCAACUCACUCACCCGAUACCGGAGCCUAGUCUUGAGAUACAACACGGGAGUGCGGUGCAGAUCAUGGAAAUCCCGGGCAUGUCUAAUUUUGAGUUUAUGGGCUCCGAUAUCUUGCGGCCAAUACCACAGUCACGAUUGCCGCAGUUUUUGCAGGAAAAUAUGAACGGCAUCAGGUCGCCGUCGUCGUCGGCACGUAGUUCCACUGACGAUGAUGAUGGUUACAACCAUCUGGGGAGGAGUAUCACAGCCGCCAUGAUUCAAGACAUUCGAAGGAUGAUAACUAUCGGUCGGUUUCCCGAUGACGAUGAAGACAACGAUGACGAUGAGGAGGACGAUGACGACGAAAGCGCAGCAGAUGACGAGAUCGCGACUGACGAGGAGACGGAGUCGACAGUAGAUGAUGGGCCGUCCAGUGCCAAAAAAAUACGGCGACAGGAUCAGUCCGUCGAAGACAGCGACAAAGGUAAAAAAGGCUGCAAAGGAGCUAACGGUGAUACAAGCCACACGGGAGACGACGAAGACGAUGGUCAGUCGGACGUUCUACCUGAUCUGCCACAGCCCAAGCCGGUGAUCAAGAGAGGACCGUCGGAUUUCAGUGCGCAGGAGCACAUAUUUCUCGCCUGGGCCAAGACGAUGAGCACAUUUACGGCCAAACGACAGGCUACAAUUAAAAUGCAAAUCAACAAAAUUAUGUCUGAGGCUGAAUUCGAAGAUUUGGACGACGAGUUUUUUGCAGCCAACAGAAAGCCCCGGCGGCCUAUUUACACUUCGCGCUAUUGAAUAAAACGUUUGUUGUAUUCUGAUCAGAAGUUGAGGCCUCAGAUGUAUUUUUGCGGAACUCUCUCCAACAACAUUCUAUCACUGAAGAUUGCAGCGCUACGCACUUUUCCUUAAUAUAAAUUAUAAUUAUUACUAUAGGGUUUACGUAUUUAUCAAUCGUGCAUUUGCGCGUGUUUAUUAUAAAUUAAUUUCUUUAUUCGUUUCGGUGUUACGGUUUACUAUUAAUAACAAAAUGUACCUAAUAAAAAAAAAUAUAUCUAAUAAUAAAUGUAUAGGUAAUAGAAAUAAUUAUUAUACCUACGUUUAAAUUUAAGUUGAAUUGUGUUGGAACAAUGGAACCAGUGCCGCAACUAAAUUGUUUCGAAAAAGGGUAAUUUAACCAUCGAAGUAUCCAACAUCAGUACCUAACCUAGUUAAAUGUCGAGACUUCGAGAAAUAAAGAAUUUGUUGAUAGGUACCUAUCAAAUAAAAAAAAAUACUCGCACUUAGAUUGAGACUCAAUCCAAUUGAUUAAUAGAAGAUUAAUUAUUUUAACAAAACUUCCAAAACAGGAAUCAUUCCUAGUUAUGUACCUAUCUAUUACAUAACUUUACAAAAUAGUGAAUUUCACAAACUAUAAACAUAGUCGCAUAAAAUAUCGAAAUUACCUACUUAUGUAUUAAACAAAUUUCAUUUUUUCUAGUUUUUAGACUAGACAAAUAUUGAAUAAUUCCUCUUAUAUUUAUUUCUGAAGUUCGUCUAAAUUGUAAAAAGAUGUCUGAAAGUCGAUUUGACACCAAGAGAAUCUAAAAUAGUUUUUUUUUUAACAAUUUCUUAUAUAGUCAUGUUAUAAACCUCUUCGAUGACACUGUAGCAACUGGACUAGUUAAAAAUAUUAAUUUACAAGCUGCCAAUAUUUUGGAUUAAGCUAUUGCAUUUUGUUUUUAAUGAAAAAGAAAUCACCAAGUAAACAUAGUACAUUAAUAAUUAAUACCAUGUAAAAUAUAAAUAAUUAGAUUUUGAUAAUAUCUCAAUGAAUUGCCUUGGUUGCCGUACUGGUUGAUGUAUAGAUAUAGUAUAGUGUAUACCCAUAUGGUGUUGUUGUACUGUGCUCAAGAAAUAUACUAUUGUUUGGACGAUUAAGAGCUUAUAAGACAUCAGUACAAAAAUAUUCAAUCAUAUUAUACAAAUUAUUAUAACUUUUAAUUAUAAUAACUAUAGUAUUUAAUACACAACUUUAUUGAUGUAUUAGUAAAUAUACACAUUGAAUAUUGUAGCUGUUAGAACUUAAGUGUGUUUUUCAUAUAUGGCUGAAAUUAUUAAUUUGUUAAAUUGGUAUGCCAUUAAGAUUCUUCAUAAAUUACAAUUGUCAUUAUUCAUAAUUAAAAAUUACAGAAAAAUGAAACUGGAAUGAGAAUCUAAAACACUAUUAUACUUAUAACCCCAUUUUUGUUAUUGCCAAUAGGUAUUAAAUUAUAUUUAUAAAAUGAAAUGCUGAAGGGUUAGGUACAAGGAGGGAAUGUUAUAUUAAUAAAUAUUUAACUUAUUACAUAUUUUAAAAUGUUGAUACAUAAAAAAAUUCAAAAAUCUGCUAUUAUUAUUAUCUGUUAAAUAUUAGAC